GCGGCGGCUGUGCCACACACAGCAUGGCGGAGCAGCCGCCCGCCGCGCCGCCGUCAAGCGAGAGCGGCCGUAAAGGGAAGCUGGGCUGCGCGGCGGCGGGCGGGGCAUAAUAAAGCAGUGAAGAGAAAGUGAAGGAAGCAUUACAUGCCUUACUGGUCAGAAAACUGUUUCUGAAGUAUUUGGGCAAACUACAUAUAUAUGUAGUAAAAUCUACAAAGGCUGAAGGUGUGGAGAGCAUGGGUUACGACAUUGAGCGCUUCGUGGGCUAUGUCAAUGAGGGGCUGCUGUGCUCCAUCUGCCGGGACGUGUUGGAGGACCCGCUGCAGGCUCCCUGCGAGCACGCUUUCUGCACUGCCUGCAUCCACGGCUGGCUUGUUCAUCACAGCAACUGCCCUGAGGACAGACAAGUCAUUGAUGUGUCUUUGCUACGACCUCUCUAUAGAUAUAUGAAAAAUGAUUUAAACCGUCUUCAGCUGCAUUGCAGAAACAGAGAGUAUGGCUGUGAAAUGGUUUGUUCUCUGGAGUCUAUAGACAGGCAUGAAAGGGAGUGUGAGUACAGUCAGAUACCCUGCUCCAAUGCUGAUGCUGUCUUGCCUUGCUCCCCCUGCUCAGGUUGCACGGUGCAGAUCGAGCGGCGUAACCUGGACGGGCACCUGGCGGUGUGCGAGUACCGGAGCCGCGAGUGCCCCAACGGCUGCGGCUUCACCAUCCUCAGCGCCGAGGACACGCAGCACAACUGUGUGGCAGAGCUGAGGACUGAGCUGGAGCUGCUUCGGUCGGAAAUGAUCUGCAGAGUGGAGGAGGCAAAACAUGAGAUGGAGUCGAGGUUAGAUUCACAGAGAAGGCAUAUGGUCCAAAAAGAGAGUAUUCUGCAAAAUGAAAUUGAAGAACUAAAGAGUCAGAUGUCACGGCUGAUGUCGGAUGUGCGGUCUCUGAUGGCUGCAGAGAGGCAGCACCGCCAAGAGCUGGAGCAGGCAGAGCUGGAGAAGCGGGAGUUAAUGGAGCUGCUGAAGGGGCUGCAGAAGGACUGCAGAUUGACUACUACAGAGGGAAGCAGGAAGUCAAAUUUCCGUCCUUUGACACGGCUAGAGAGUGUGAAAAGAAAACCUAGGGAAGUUACAGUUAUCUAAAUAGUACUAAGCUCAAAAAGCAUUUUCUUCAAAUACUGGCUUCUGGCAAACUACUUUCUUUGAAUGAUUGGCAAACUUUAUAUAAUUUCUGAUUUACUUCGGGUUUUUUUUAAGUCUUAAUUAGAACUGUAUUUCCUUUGGGGCCAUAAAAACAAACAGAAAAUUUUUUUCCCUGAGGGAAUACUGGUCAUUAAAACCAGUAAUUGGAAGACAUAAUUUUAGCUAAUGUUUUUAUAGAAAGGGAAAGGAGUCUUGUUCUCUCUUUACUGCAUCACUUACAGGAAUUUUUCAAGACUGAAACUACAGCCUUUUAAAGUCAAAGAUACUGACUAUUAUGGACCAGGAAGAAAAAAACAUUUCAGUAUCUCUUUCUGAAACAAAAAAGCAAAUGUGACCAUUUGGGAUGUACUUAAUUUGGGGAAAAGUAAAUAGUAGAAUCAGUAAGUCAGUAAUAGAAAUUAAUAAGAUUUUGUUUGUUUGUGGUCAGUAGAAAGUCUUAUUUCAAAGAUGGAAAGCAAGCACUUUAAAUUGUAAUUCUUCUGCUAUGUAACAGCUUUGGGUGAGGUUGACUAUUGCUUUAGAGCUUCUUCUCAUUUCUGAGGCUGAUAACACACUUAAGAGACUAAUACUGAAGCCUGAGGUAAUAGAAUAACCUUUAAACAUAUGUGUUAAUAACUUUGAGUUUGUGGGAAUGGAUCUGCUUCUUACUUAAAACUUUGAAGCUUUUAUAUGUGAAACUAUCAAGUAUUUCUACAGGAUCUUUUAAGCAUAAGACCAGUAAUUUGGUACUCAAUGUCUUUAAAGUAUAUAUAGAUACCUCGAGUAUCCUUAAUUUUCUUGUGGCAGGUUUAAGGCUACUUGAUAUGCGCAAGAGAUGAAUAUUUGCACAAUCACUUGGGCUUCAGACAUCUGUGUUAGUGCUGAAGCAGGCUUCAGGGAGUGCCAGAGCCUGGCUCUGUCAUCAGAGGGUAACAGAACACCUGGGUGGAAGUAGGUCAGUGAUCUGCUCUACUUAGCAGUACAACUCAAAAGUGGAGGUGGAAGGAUUAAGGGAUGUUAGAGCAUCUGAAGAAGAGAUUGACUAUUAGAGCAUUCUCUGCCUCCCCUGAGGCAAAUGUACCAGUCAAAUGCACCUCAGAAAGGGGAGGGUCACUAGAGAUGAACCUAGGGUGGCAGGUCUGUGAUGCAUUGGCCCGGCUAAAGUGCAUCUACACCAACACACAGUGUGGGCAGCAAGCAGGAGGAGCUGGAAGCCAUUGUUCAGCAGGAGGGUUUUGAUGUUGUCACCAUCACAGAAGCAUGGUGGGAUGACCAUCAUCAUGGGAAUGCUGCAAUGGCUGGAUAUAAGCUCUUUAGAAGAGACAUUGGCCAUCGUGAGUCAGUGAGGAGCAAGGGGUGGAGCUUCCUGUGUUGCUGCUGAGUGGCUGAUUAUAAGAGGUCUCUGGGGAGCGCGGCGACCAGAGCGGGCAGACGGGUGUGGUGAGUCUCUGGGGCGUAUACAAGGCAGUUUGCGCGGCAGUUCGUGCAGGCGGGGCAAGCAGGCAGGGUUGCCAGCUUUCUUGCUAAUAAGGAGUCCUCUGUGUCGUUUGAGGUCUUUCUGCUGCCUGGUUGUGUUUGAGGUGUCUGUUAGUAAUGGUUUCUACACGGUCAAAACUGUGGCUGGUAUAAGUGUAAGUGACCAAGUUGAGCCCUCCAAAAAGGAUGUGUCUGUACAGACCCAUCCAUGCCCAGAGUGUUUGAGGUUAUCAGUGGCUUCAGGGAAUGUUGUGGAGGAGACCUGACUGCAGUGUGAACAGGUGAACGACCUCCUUUCAUUGGUGGCUGAGCUUAGGGAGGAAGUUGAAAGGUUAAGGAGUAUAAGGGAAAGUGAAAGGGAAAUAGACUGGUGGAGUUCAGCCCUUCCAUCUUUAAGGGAGCCCUCUGACCGAGAGACUGAGGACUUAUAUGCCUCCCCGUCUCAGGCAAUAGAAGGGCACCUGGUAGAUGAUGAGGAGUGGAAAUGAGUCCCCAUUUGGGGACGUAAUAACAAAAAGUCCUCCCCAUCCCAUCAUCCAGCCAGGUACCACUUCAGAAUAGCUAUGAGGUCCUGGAUGAUUUAGGAGAAAAUUGUCUGCCCAGUGAACCUGCCAAUUAUGAUUCAUCUGUAAGAUGGAUCACUACCUCUAACAUCAAGAAGAAAGGAAGGGUAAUCGUAGUAGGUGAUUCCCUCCUGAAGGAAACUGAGGGCCCCAUAUGUUGACCAGACCCAUCCCACAGGGAGGUCUGUUGCCUCCCUGGGGCCUGGGUACAAAAUACCACUGAGAGACUUCCUGGGCUGAUUCAGCCCUCUGAUUAUUACCCACUGCUGAUACUCCAGGCUGGCAAUGAUGAGAUUCAGAAGAGGAGUGUCAAGGCAAUUAGAAAGGACUUCAGGGUACUGGAUCAAGUAGUUGAUAGGGCAGGAGCACAGGUAGUGUUCUGCUCAGUCCCUUUGGUGACCAAGGUAAACAAUGAAACAGGAGAAUCCGCAUCAUCAACAAGUGGCUUAAAGGGUUGGUGUCAUCGGCACAAUUUUGGAUUCUUUGAUCAUUGGGAAACUUUUACAAAAUCUGCUGUACUGGAACCAGAUGGGGUACAUCUCUCUAUUAAGGGCAAAAGGUUUUUAGCUCAUGAACUGGCAGACUUCAUUGAGAGGGCUUUAAACUAGGUUUGAAGGGGGAAGGGGAAGCA